AAUAAUAGAAUAUCCUUCUGAGUGUGUUUCUGAGUACUGAAUAGGGAAACACUUUUUUGUUUUAUUAAUUUAACAUUGUGUUUAUUACUUUAUUAUCUACCAAGUUACCCAUGAAUUAGGGAUGGAUGAAUUUGAAAAUUAUUCUAGAGAGCAAUUAGUCGCAUAUAUAAAAUCUUUAAAAAAUCAAAACACUCAACUGCUGCAAACUGUAGUUAAAAAUGACACGAAUAAGAAACAACUUCGACGAAAGACCAGUAAACCAUUUGAUUUUGAUAAAUGUAAAUAUCGACACGUCUUAUUGAAAUUUUUUUAUCUAGGCUGGGAUUAUGAUGGUUAUGUUACGCAAGAAGAUACCAGCAAUACUGUGGAACAUUCCAUAUUUAAAGCUUUAAUCAAAACCUGUCUCAUUAAAAAUCGUUCUACUUCAAAUUAUCAUCGUUGCGGACGCACUGAUAAAGGUGUUAGUGCGUUUUCUCAGGUUAUAUCUGUUGACUUGAGAUCUAAAUCUGAAAACAUUGAAGAUGAGCUCAACUAUUGCAAAAUGUUGAACAGUGUAUUACCUGCGAGUAUUCAGUUUACAGCAUGGUGCCCUGUUGGAAAUAAUUUCAGUGCACGUUUUGAUUGCAGAAGGCGGACAUAUAAAUAUUUCUUCCCAAAGGGAAAUUUGGAUGUUAGAGCAAUGACCAUAGCCGCUAAGUAUUUGGAAGGCACACAUGAUUUUAGAAACUUUUGUAAAAUGGAUGUCAAUAAUGGAGUUGUUGAAUUUGUACGGUGUAUUUUGUCAAUAGAUUUCAGCAGCUUUAAUGAAGGGUGUCAUAGCGAUGAUUCAGUUUAUGUUAUGACUGUCACUGGUAAUGCAUUUUUGUGGCAUCAGAUACGUUACAUAUUUGGAAUAUUGAUUUUAAUUGGACAACAUAAGGAAAAACCUGAAAUUAUAUUAGAACUUUUAGAUGUAACAAGUAAUCCAAGGAAACCAGAUUAUCACCUAGCGAGUGAGAUCCCUUUGAAUUUAUAUGAUUGUUACUAUGACAAGAUCGACUGGAUAUACGAUCAAAAAUCAUUAAAAGUGGUCGCUUCAAAACUGCAAGAAAUGUGGACAUUUUCAGAAAUAAAAAAAAAAUAUUAUCUCGGAAUGAUUAAGACUUUAAACUUCUGAUUUUCAACAUUCUCAUAUUUGUGGAACUUAUUUCAUUUUUUAUUCACUCCGGCUCAUUUCGUGUGGAGUUACUGAUUUACUAUGUACAAUUUUGGAGUGACGUCAUCACAUUAUUGGUGGGGAUGAUUGGAAAAAUGUUGGUAAGUGUUUUACCAUGUACAUGAUAUGAUAUUCACAAUACACAUAUGAAAUGUGACAACAAUCAGCCCAGUACUUUCGCAGAUUAUCCGUCUAAUAAAAAUCCGGAGACGGCAGACGGACGGACGGAAACAGGAGAACUAUCUCUUCGUACUCUAGGUUAGGGGUCAUGAAAGGUCGAGAAAACGUAAAAG